CACAACCGUGUCGUUAGUUUGAGACCAAUACAAAAUGUAUUUUAAAACGCGACUACCAACAGUCGCUCUCCAGUAAUGAAGAGUUUGUGGACCGUGUUGUAUUCCUGUAACAGAUCAUUUAGACAGCAGGAGAACUGUUAAACGAAAUGAAUCACUGUGAGCUUGAAGAAGUGACGCAACAUAUCAACAACAAAAUAUCCAUGAUUAAAAGACUCCUGGAGCUCCGAGCUGUCGCAAAAGAUCCGGACAAACGUGGGACUCUUCUCAAAAUCGAGCAAGAAGUCUCUGCCAUCAAUGUGCUUCUGGAUCGCUUUGAGAGAUAUGUGGGCGAGCAGAGAGGCUUGCUUAAGCAUUUGAAGGAUCUAGAAGGGUUUUUCCAGGAGGAUGAACAGGAUGCCCUUCACCUUAAGAACAACAUCCCUCCGCACAUGCCCAAAAGAGGCCAACAAGCAUCUCUGCAAGGAGGAGGACAGGUGGCAGUUCAGAGCAGGCAGGCAGAUGCGGCUCCCGCCCCUCAGGAGCAGGGUCCACCCAGGAAAUCUCAGCGUAACCAGAUCAAAGAGAUGGAGUUCGUUACCGUCCCAGAGUUUGACAGCAUACCACCGUACAUGAAAGGCCGUGUGAUGUACGACCAGCUGAACGCAGCGGUGCAAAGCAUAAACACAGCUGUGUCGUCAAAAUAUAAGAUCCUCCAUCAGCCAGUCAAAACCCUGAACAAUGUGUCCCGCACGCUCCACCAGCGCUUUAAAGACUGA